AAGGCACAUUGCAGAAACCAGCGCCGGGGGGCUGAAGACGCGCAGAGCCAGAUCCGCUGUUGUUCGGCGACUCGGCGAGAAGCAGUCGAGCUCUCAACCUCCGCACCGCACACAGACAAUCCCCGCAGUCCGACCAGCCGCUUCUCCGAAGCCUACUUUUCCAUGCCGCUGUUGCGCGUCUCCACUUUGGAUAGAAGCGGUCCGGUCAGUGCGCGCCGCAGAGCGCAGAGGAUCUGAGAAGAAGCGGGAGACAAUGAGGAGAUUCUGAGGUGGCUGAACUUCUCCGUUCACUCGGCGCGUCCCGUGGCUGUUACCAAAGGGUUAGCCCAUGAGCAGGUAUCCUCUUCAGUGUGAUUCUGUUUUCACCCAGAUCUCUGCUGCCUGGACAAAUGCAUACAAAUGCAUUUAGGAGCUCAACGGAGAAGGAGUGGACACGUUUCCGCGGCAGCAACGUGGAACUUUAUCCUGCUCCUGUCAGUAUGCUCAGCAGUACUCUCUGGAGAAGAAGACUACCUCGCUCAAGGUGUGGACAUCCUCUAUCGACUGGGGCUUUCAGCUCGAGGCAGCACGGACAAGAGGACAAGCCCACCUUCGAUCACUUACACCACUGUUGCCUCACCUUUCAAUCUCCCUGUUUCUGGACAUGGGGUAGUAUUGGACUCAAACUUCCUCUACGAGGCUCCGGCAGGCAGUCUUUUUCCACCUGAGAUCGGCGAGGAGUUCUCUGUCGUGGUGAGCCUCAGCUCCUGGCGAUCGAACAACGCUUUCCUUUUUAGCGUCAAGGACAGCAGGGACCGGCUGCGUUUCGGCAUCCAGCUGCUGCCCCGCAGGGUGGUGGUGUACACCGCAGAGGAGGCCUCCAUCUACUUCGCCUACGACUGGCAGGAUGGGCGCCAGCACCCUUUCGCUGUUGGUGUUCGAGCGCACUCGGUGUCGUUCUACGCCGAAUGUGGAGCCGUGCAGCAGCGGGAGCAGACCCUGAGGAGAUCUCACACACUGGCAGAUUCCGGGGGUCUCUUCACUCUGGGCAGGAUGAACUCCAAAGCGGCGGCAUUCGAUGGUCGAGUCUGCCAGCUGAAUAUCCAUCCCUCUGCCAAAGUUGCCGCGCACUACUGCGACUACCUUAAAGCACCGUGUCGGCUGGCCGACACUAACCGAUUGCCUUUGCCGCUGCUCCCGACUUUGGAUACCGAGGCAAAUGAGCCUCCGUCGAACCCUUCGACAAAGCCCCUUGUUGGAGUAGCAGCUGCCCGUCGUGCUCUCUCUAAGGCUACAGCAGCUCUCAAAGUGUCCCCAGGUAAUUUGGUCACGCAGCAUUCAACACUAAGCCCAUCAGUACGAACUUACGUUUCCAAAUCGGAUCCCCUUGCUCACUCCACCCCGUCUUGGCUUCAGCGCGACAGCCCUACCGCAGCCACCCUGAGCGCACAAGCAGCCUUGGAUCCCACACAUAGCACAACUAUCGCCACUAGCCAAGGUGGCCAAGGUGGCGAUAGUGAUUACUCUGAAAACAGCACAGAAGAAGGCAACAGCUCUGGGAGCCUGCAGUCUCCAGAUGUCCCCCCAGGACGGAUUUCCCCAGACGAGCAAAGUUGGGUGAAGGAAGGACUCAGGAACAGCACCGCCAACGGCUCCAGCGACUCUCGCUCUGGGCCUCAACCGGCUAGUCGGCUUCUGGAGACUCACCUGAGAGCCAACAGCACCACUUUGUACCGGGAGAAUCAGGUGGACACCUCAGAACGACAUGACGCGGACGGCAGCUAUGAGGAUGUAGACCUGGGAGGAUAUGAUUAUGGGUAUGAAGAUACAGACUAUUUCUACAACUACGACGACGGUUUCCAUGGCCCCAAAGGAGAGCCUGGUUUUCCGGGUCCUGUUGGUCCGCCUGGUUCACCCGGCCCUCCAGGAAAGAGAGGCUCUCAGGGUCCCACCGGUCCACACGGAAGCCCAGGACAGCCUGGACCACCUGGGCCAAAGGGCUCAAAGGGAGACCCGGGGGUGUCUCCAGGCCAGGCUCCACCAGGAGACAAGGGGGAAAGGGGUUCACCAGGGCUGCCCGGGCUUGAUGGAUUUCCAGGUCCUACGGGUCCUAAAGGUUAUCCAGGGUCAGCCGGACUGGCAGGAGAACAAGGCAUUCCAGGGAUUGCAGGAGAAGCCGGUGCUGCAGGUUACCCUGGCAGGCAGGGCUUAGCCGGGCCACAAGGUUACCCGGGACCUAAAGGAAUCAAUGGUUUCAUUGGGCCUCCUGGCGUUGCUGGGCCACUGGGACCAGAGGGGGAGCAAGGCCUUCGUGGACCUGUUGGAAAACCUGGCGCCAAAGGAAGACACGGAGUGAUGGGAGAUGUGGGGGAGAAGGGGCCUCCUGGUCCUGAUGGCAAUGAGGGACCUGUUGGUGGGAUUGGCAUUUGUGGCUUUCCCGGCCUGAGAGGGAGCCCGGGACCUGUGGGACUGCGAGGAGUGCCUGGUUUGGUGGGGCCUCAGGGCCCAGCAGGACCAGCCGGCCUGCCUGGAUUGAAAGGUGAUAAGGGUGACGUGGGACAAAUGGGCGAACCUGGAGAGAUGGGUUUCCAAGGUGAUAAGGGUGUGGUUGGUGCACCUGGUCCCACUGGGCCAAGAGGGAAACCUGGACCACUGGGUAGAAUCGGUGAGGUGGGGCUGCAGGGACCACCUGGGCCUCCUGGACCACAGGGGUUUCCUGGGGACAUCGGAGUACCAGGGCCCAACGGUCCACCUGGACCGAAGGGUUUGCAGGGUGCCCGAGGGCCCCAAGGCGCACAGGGACCACAGGGAACACAGGGCGAUGACGGAUCUCUUGGACCACCUGGUUCGCCGGCUCCACUGUAAGGACCUUCUUUAUCUGGGAGACCUGGAAGGAAAGGCUACGUAGGCGAACCCGGCCCGGACGGUUUAGAGGGAGAGAAAGGAGACGUGGGAAAUGUUGGGAAAAUAGGAACACAAGGUUCACUAGGCAUCGUGGGGAUUGUUGGGGUGAUGGGAGUUCCUGGUGAAAAGGGCGACCGAGGACCAGCUGGUCCAACAGGUCCGUUUGGGGAGAAGGGACCACAGGGCUAUUCAGGGACACCAGGAAGUCCGGGGGACAUCGGCCUGCAAGGUGCAGCAGGGCUGCAGGGGCAGAGGGGGACUCCAGGCGUUGCUGGGCCAAAGGGCAGGAGGGGGCCCCAGGGUGCAGAAGGCCUACUCGGUGAACCAGGCCCUCAGGGCACCAAGGGUGAACGGGGUGACAUUGGACCAAAAGGAGAGUCGGGAUUCAUAGGCAAGGCGGGCAGUCCGGGAGCAAGAGGCCCUCCAGGGAAGAAUGGUAAACCAGGUAUUCCAGGCAUCACCGGGGAGAUGGGACCCCACGGCGAGCCAGGACCCAAGGGGCCUUCGGGAGAAGCUGGACCUGAUGGAGAUCAAGGACCCGAAGGUGGUCCUGGUACCGAAGGGGAGCUGGGUGUCGUCGGAGAACCGGGGUCAAAAGGUGAGAUUGGGCUUCCAGGAGCUGAAGGGGAGCCAGGACAGGAGGGAACGAGUGGUCUUCCUGGUCCCCCUGGUGAAGAUGGCCCACAAGGAAAAGAUGGAGCUAAGGGGGAGCCUGGGCCGCGCGGGACCAUCGGUGAGCCCGGGGACAAAGGGACAGAAGGAGACCCCGGGCCCCUCGGAUUACCCGGUGGGCCUGGACAACAGGGCUUCCGUGGGCCAGAAGGAAAACUAGGGCCACAAGGGAACAGAGGGCGGCAUGGAAAGAAGGGAGAGAGAGGUCCCGCGGGGCUUGUUGGUGAGAUUGGCACACGUGGAGACAUCGGCCAGCCAGGCGAGUCAGGGCUCAAAGGUGCCAGGGGAACCCGAGGCACCUCAGGUCGGCCCGGAGUCAUGGGGAUGGCGGGGCAGCCGGGGCUUGCAGGAUACACAGGUCACGCUGGCAAGCCUGGGCCCAUUGGACCACCAGGACCUAAAGGUGAAAAGGGUUAUCCAGGCGAGGACAAUAAGACCCCAGGACUCCCAGGGCCCUUAGGUGAACCAGGGCCCCCGGGAGAACGAGGAGAGCGCGGAGAGCCGGGGGAUGAAGGAUAUCAGGGCCAUGUUGGAACCCCUGGAUCUCGAGGAGCUGUUGGACCACAAGGCCCACCGGGAUCGCCAGGCAUCCCCGGAGAAUCAGGGCCAAAAGGAGACCUAGGAGCUCCGGGCUCCAGAGGAAAUAAGGGAGCGAGCGGGCUGAGUGGAGCUCCAGGCAUCGAAGGGCUUAUGGGUUUACCUGGUCCCGUGGGCAUGAGAGGUUACCCGGGGGUGGAGGGUCCCCCAGGACUUACUGGCAUACCGGGACUUCCAGGAAAACGUGGACGACAGGGGCAAAGAAGCUCGGUGGGACAGGAGGGCUCUGCUGGACGUCCAGGUCCCAGGGGAGAGAUUGGACUUCCUGGACCGCCUGGAGAAAGAGGACUGCCCGGCCUGAAGGGAGACCGGGGACUGCCGGGGGACAGGGGACCCUCGGGAAUCAAAGGCAUGGAGGGACCAGCCGGUGACCAGGGCAGGUUUGGUGACCCAGGACCCAAAGGACAACCAGGGGAACCUGGAAAUCUGGGAAUGACUGGUCUUCAGGGCUUUCCGGGCCCAGCGGGGCCAAAUGGUGAUGUAGGGUUGAGAGGCUUCCCCGGCCCUAAAGGCCCGGUGGGCACUCUGGGCUUCCCUGGUCCGGUAGGCCCUGAAGGAAUAAUGGGCCCAACAGGAAAACCCGGCCCAAGAGGCCUGAAGGGAAGCAGUGGCGAAAUGGGGCCUCAAGGACCACAGGGACGUCCAGGACCGAGCGGACCUCCUGGUGCUCCAGGUCCAUCAAGGCAGAUUUAUGUUCACUCAGCAGCCUUUGGUCGAUCUGACUCCAACGCUGCCCUCAGGACGGAGAGUUUCCAGAAUACGCAGAUGAGUUCCCCGGACCUGAAUACGGAGAUCCUUACGAGUCUGCGUUACCUAAGCAGUGUGAUUGAGAGCAUCAAAAAGCCUCUGGGCACAAAGGAGAACCCGGCUCGUGUCUGUAGAGACCUGCUUCACUGUCAUCAAAAGCUCAGCGAUGGUUGGUUUUGGAUUGAUCCAAACUUGGGCUGUACCUCUGAUGCUUUCAAGGUAUUCUGCAACUUCACCGCGGGGGGGCACUCCUGUUUACACCCCGUGGCCCCUAAUAAGAUGGAGUUUGAUGUAGGGAAGGUCCAAAUGAAGUUUCUCCAUCUACUGAGUUCUGAGGCCAGUCACAGCAUCACACUCCACUGCCUGAGUGAUCCUCCACACAGCACCAACGGAUCCUUGCCGCAGGAGAACAUCACGCUUCGCUUUCGUGGCUGGAACAAACAGAUGUUUGAGAAAGACACACUACUUGAACCACAUGUGCUACAAGACGAGUGCAAGAUCCAAGAUGGCAGCUGGCACCAGUCACGUUUCUUCUUCCAUACUCAGGACAGUCGUCAGCUACCCAUUGUAGACGUACAGGAGUUUCCCACAUCACAGCAUCACCACAAGAGUCGGCGGCAUUUUGAAAUCAGCCCGGUGUGCUUCCUCUGACCCCAACGUCACCGCCCUGUUACCUAUUUACAAGGAAAUACUGAAAGGCGAGGCUGGUCCAAAAAUAUGGCUGCCUAGAAAAGAGAUUGUGACGUCUGUGACAGAUCGUUCCAUUGGUUGGAGACCAGUAGGUAAUAGGACCUUUCAGAGCAGCAACUGUCCCAUGUCCAAUCCAAGGCAGACCUUUGUGCCAGAACUCAAUCUCCAGGGAAAAUUCAGGCAAAGAAGCCCAAAGAAUGGGAGUGGGCAUCGAUAUUUAUCAGAUGUUGUAUAAAGUUUGUUUUGUUGGUCAUUUUUAACAGUGCUUAGGUUGUCUGUGUAUGGACACAUAUCACUCCCUGAUCCAUGGGUACGGUGUCCCUCAGCAGCGGCCUGUACGAACCCCAAAACUCGCCCUGCUUCUCACCCCUCACACACACACAGACACACACAGGCCAUCCUGGGCUGAGGCCUAACUCGAAGGAGCGCGCCAGGCCUCUACAGAGGAGCACUGUCUAACUAACGAUUUUAUGAGUGCAAUAGCAUGCGGAUAAGGUGUGACUGCUUUAAAUACUUCAAUUUCCAAUCAAAAGGGUUUAUCUUACUUUUUUUUUGUGAUAUUUUGGUCCUGGGUCCUGCCCAGUGGAACCUAUACAUCUUGACAGAUGGUGCUCUACCUCUACCUGCUCAUUUGCUUUCCAGGAUAGUGUCCAAUUUUCAAGUUAGCCUUUUUUUUGUAUGUACCGGUUACAUCAAGAGUUGUUAUGUUGUCCAAGUGCUUUUGUUGAUCUGGUCAAUUCUAAUUUAUGAACCAUUAUUGAUACACUACAUAUGUUUGUAGCGUAUGUGGUAGCGUCUCCAAGGGAAACCUGUCAUUGGUGCUGCAACACAGAAUGAGUCAUCAGUGAGUUUUUACAUUUCCUGUGUAUAUACUGACAGCAUACUGUAUGUUUAUUUAUAUCAUUUUUAUUUUUUGUUCACAUUACUGAAACACAGUAAUUUAUACUCUCAGAGAACUAUUUGGUCGACCACAGCUCAGUCUAAAGAAGUAUUUAUGUCCAAAGGUGUGUUUGGGUGCUCACAGCUGUGACUGCAUGUUCAUCAGACUGUUAGUUGAGUUCAUUCAGUGGUGGUCAGGUGGACUGGCAGCUACACCAGGCCAGAGUCAGAAAACACAGAAGACAGUCAUAUCCUUAAGUUAUGUUACUUUGAACAAAGUGUAAUUAUAUAAAUCUGUGCAGAAUACAUAUGGAUUCAAUUGUGUAAAUAGUAAUAAUACGUUGACAAACAAAUAAAUGGAGCAAUUUAUUCAAAGAU